AUGGCGCCCUCGUCUGUCCUCACUUCCUUCUUCCUCCUUUUCUCGCUUGUUCUGCACCAUGUGGCCUCCUCUCUCAUGCCCGCAGCCGUCCGGGUGCUCAUGAACUACGAGAAGAUCCAGCUCCAGUCGGUCACCGGCCCGGAGAGCCUCGCCUUCGACGCUGCCGGAGGCAGUCCUUACACCGGCGUCUCCGACGGGCGAGUCCUGAAGUGGAAUAGCCCCUCUCGCGGGUGGGUCGAGUUCGCCGUUCCCAAACCAGAUAGGUGACGAUCGUAAACUCACAGUGCCAAAUUAGACAAUUCGAUUAUCUAACAUCUUACAAUUUUUGUUAGCAUCAAUGUAUGAAGAUAUAAUGCACCUUCGACGGUCUCUCUCACUCUCUCCCUCACGAUGUUAACAGGAACGGAGCACGUUGUAAUGGCUUGGCGGUCCCCGAGAUGGAGGACAGAUGCGGGAGGCCUCUUGGGCUGCAGUUCCACAGAGCCACGGGGAACCUCUACAUUGCCGACGCCUACUACGGCCUCCUGGUGGUCGGUCCCGGUGGCGGGGUGGCGACGCGGCUCGUCUUCGCUGCCGAAGGUUAGCCCUUCGGCCUCACCAACGGCGUCGACGUCGAACAAGAGAGAGGGUUCGUGUACUUCACUGAUAGCAGUACCCAAUUCCAGAGAAGGUCCUCACUGCCUCCAUCUCUUCCUUUCCCCACCCUUUCAUUCAUCUUCGUUACAGUUCUCUGGCUGCCUGACUCAUAAAGAAUCGCCACAAAACUAUACGUUGUUCACAAUUGACAUCAGUGGAAUUUGAACAUAAGCGAACAAUGCUGGAAUUUUCUUAUAUCGAACACUUGAUGUUUAACCUAUGUCGAUAAUAUUAUAUUUUUAUAGUAGAUCAACGUCUAGCUGAGCUGAGAUAUAGAAAGGGUCAGCUAUGUGGAGCUAGAUUUGCUAUACCUGAUAUAUGUUGCCACUGUUUGGUAGAAUUUUGUCAACUCGGAUCUUCAAGUAAAGACGAACAUACCACGAAAUAUUCAUAGAUUUCAUCCAAGGUUGAAAUUCUGAAGAAGAUUUCUCAUCUCUCUUGUCUCCAGUUCGAGGGAAUGGAUCGCUGCCAUCGCCGCCGAAGACGCCAGGGGAAGGUUCAUGAGGUACGACCCCAGAACGAAGCAGACGGAGGUUCUGCAGAGAGGCCUGCAAUUCCCCAACGGCGUCUCCCUCAGCGAGGACGGCCGCUUUGCCGUCAUCGCCGAGACGACGCGGCGGAGGUCGCUUAGGUACUGGCUCAAGGGUCCCAUGGCGGGGAAGUCGGAGGUCUUCUCCCAGCUCCCCGGAUUCCCGGACAACGUGAAGGGGAAUCGGCAGGGGGAGUUAUGGGUGGCCAUCGUCUCCAUCUCAGGGAAUGUGAUAGGAGUUAGGUUGGACGCGAAUGGGAGGACUGUGGAGCUUCUGCAUGAUCGAAGCAUAGAGAAUACCGUCAGCGAAGUGUUGGAGAACAACGGAACCUUGUGGCUGGGAUCCAUCGAACGGCCUUUCGUCGGCAUGUACAGUCUCUGA